AAAGAGAAACGCGAAAUUUAACGCGAGGUUUUCCGUCCGAAGAAGAAGAAUUGAGAGCUUAGCAAGAAGAAGAAGAAGAGUAGAUUAGCUUGGUGAGAGAUUCUUCAUCAGUUUCUAUCCAUCCAUCCAUCUCGAGUUCUUCGAUCCAUCAGUUAUUGUUGUAGGAUUCUCAUUUUAAUUCGAAAGUGUUACGUGAUCUACUCGGUCAUCGAUCUAUUCGUUCACCUUUUCAAUUACAUAUUGGAUAGUUGGACGCGCCGUUUUCAUUUUCCCCAAGUAUACCCUUUGCCGAUUCGGCGGCGCAUCUCUCUGUUUUGAAGUAAUCAGUAUUUCCCGUGACAGCGAAUUCACAAGGAUAAAGGAAUUGAACUAUGAGCAUUGACAACCCCGGCGAAGGAGAGAAUUAGGGUUUGCACGUGUUUCCAGGACAGUGGCGAACUUCCAUGGGAGAUGGGGGAGUUGCAUGUGUUUCUUUGCAGCCUAUUAUGGAGCGGUUGUCAGGUUCUGAGAAUUUAUGCGGUGGCAACAAUGGCAAGUUUAGUAGUACUGAAGUUUCCAGUGUUUCUCAGGGAAAGAUGAAGGCCAUGAAAGAUCAUUUUCCGAAAAAAGAAGAAACUUUGGAUAAUGUGAAUAGCAGUAGUGAAGUUGAGAAUGGUGAGUUGGUGAUAAAGGAUGAAAUAGAGGAAGGUGAAUUGGGUUCGGGGUGGCCAAAUAGAGAUAUCGAGAAUGGAGAGUUUGUUCCGGAGAGGUCGCAUAAACAUGAAAUAAAGAGUGAAAUUGAGAAGGUUGAGCUGCCCCCAAGUGAUAAAUGUAGAAAUGAGGAAUUAGAAAAAGGGGAGUUUGUUCAUGGAAAAGGGCGAAAAGAUUACUCUGAUAGAAGAGAAUAUUAUCCUGGAAGGUCCAGAGCCAAUGAUUACCCGGAAAAGGGCAAACAAGGGGAGUUUGAGAAAAGAGAUUUUGGAUAUUGGAGAAACUCUAAAUUUGAAACAGAAAAAAGAGAGUUUGUUCCUGAAAGAUGGCACAGAAACGAGGUGAUCAAGGACGAGUACAAGUACCAGAAAUGCCGAGGUGAUUUAGAUAAGGACAGGGGAUGGAAAUAUGAUCGAGAGGGCACACCUUCUUUUGGUAAGUGUUCAGGUGACAAAGACUUCAGAAGUGGAAGUCAGUACUCCAAUAGAGCUGCCAGGUGGGAAACUGGCCACGAUAACAAUCCAAAAUUAGGUUUAAAAAUAGUAAAUGGGGAAGUUCCCUUAAAAAACAAUCCUAGCAACGGAAAUAACCAAGGGCAAGAAUCUGGAAAUCGGUCUAAGAGGCAUGUGGAUAGUCCAGAGAUAACUGAUCGAAGAAAUUAUGGUGAAUAUACUAAUCAGAGUUCCUUAAAAAGUCGCAAACUUUAUCUUGAAGAUAAUCACUCCUUCAGCAGGUCUGUGGAAAGAUCUGGCAGGUAUAUUACUUCAUCCAGGAAUAUUUCAUCUGACAGGUAUUCCUUGAGAAACUACGAGUCUUCAGUUGUCAGAACAGUUCACGACAGGUAUGGUUCUAGUCCACGGACCCGCGCAUAUAAUACCAGAGGUAGGAGUUCAUCUCGUCAUGAUAGAUCACCUUAUGAUCGAGGUCAUCACUAUGAUAAUAGGAAUCGAAGUCCCAACUAUUAUGAGAGGUCCCCACAAGAUCGAGAUCGAAAACAUGAUCGUCGAAGGAAUCAAAGUCCUAGCUAUUCUGAGAGGUCUCCAUCAGAAAGAGGUCAUUAUGAUGAUCAUCAGAGAAAUAAGAGUCCUGGUUAUUCUGAGAAGUCCCUACAAGAUAGAGGUCGAUAUCACGAUCACAGGGAUCUGGCCUCAAGCUCCUUGGAGUGUUCUCCAAUAGAUAAGAUAAGGCCUAAUGGUCAUAAAGAAACAAGCAAAAAAAAUGGAGCAAAUGAAAAGUUACCAGGUCCUUCUGCAAGCAAAGAACAAGAAGAUAUGAUUGAUCACGACUCUAGUGGAAAAAAUUUACAAGCAUCUAAAGAAUGCCAAGAAAGAAUCUCUCUCCAUAAUGGUGACGAUACAAUUGAAAAAAUGGGUGCCCUUGAAUCCCACAAGGAAGAGCGUCUAGAGAGCCAGGUAGCGAAUGUCAUAGAUAAUACUACAUGGGUCAAUGGUACUGAGGAGCUUCCUUCUAUGGAAGAAGACAUGGAUAUAUGCGACACUCCGCCUCAUCUGCCAGUUUUGACAGAUUUAACCCCAGGAAAAUGGUUUUACCUUGAUUAUUCUGGCUUGGAAUGUGGGCCAUCCAAAUUGUAUGACCUCAAGACACUUGUUGAACAAGGCUUCCUUGUGUCUGAUCACUUGAUCAAACACUCAGAUAGUGAUAGGUGGGUCACUGUUGAAAAUGCACUUUCUCCGCUGGUUACUAUGAAUUUUCCAAAUAUUGAAUCAGAUGCUGUUACUCAGUUGGUGAGUCCCCCUGAGGCUUCUGGUAAUAUGAUGGCUAAUGAAAGAGAUACUGCUCAUCACAGAAUUCUUCAAAGUGAGGUAAUAUUAACUACCUUGGAGGAAACGUCAUGCUGCAUAGAUGACAAUUCUGCUAUCUACAAGCCUUCCAAAGAGUUCCACAUCGAGGAAAGAGUUGGAGCAUUGUUAGAGGGGUUUUCUGUAACUUCUGGCAAGGAACUUGAGGCAAUUGGCGAAGCACUGCAAAUGACAUUUGAGCAUGCAGACUCGAGGAUGUGGGUAGAUACUGAAGAUUGUGCUAGCUACAACUCCGGGAAACAAGAUGAUAUAGGCAAAGACAAGGUCUUUUGGCAUCCUGAAUUAGCAAACAGAGAGUCUGCAGAAAAAGCUAACUUUGUAUCUGUUGUGGAUGGUUCUAUAGCUUUUGGUGAUAUUGACGGCGUAUUCGCUGGUCCAUGGUCAUGCAAAGGUGGCGACUGGAUGAGGAAUGAGGAAGCUGUCCAAGAUAUUUCCAUUAAGAAAUUUGUCCUUAAUGAUGGCUUUCCUCUUUGCCAGAUGCCCAGAUCUGGAUUCACAGACCCUCGGUGGCAUCACAAAGAUGAUUUAUAUUAUCCCUCCCAAUGUAGAAGAAUUGAUCUUCCAACCUGGGCUUUCUCUGUACCAGAUGAGUGCAAUGAUCCUUUGGGUGGAAGCUGGGAAGGUCAAUCCAAGCCUAUUGCUACAAGGUGCAUGAAAGGAACCAUGCUGCCAGUGGUGAGAAUAAAUGGAUGUGUAAUCAAGGAUCAUGGUUCAUUUGUUUCAGAGUCCCACUCUAAAGCAAGACUGAAGGACAAAUAUUCUUCAAGGUCAUCCAGGCACUACUCUAUAUCCAGUGAAGGGAAGAGAUCUUCAGAAGAAACUGUAUCUUUUUCUAAAUAUACCCACCAGGAAGAAUCGUUAGCUUCUUGUAAGAGUAUCAUGUCUGGGAACAUAGUGAAAGAUCGUCUUUGCACAAUAGAGGACUUGCAAAUACAUUUAGGUGAGUGGUAUUACCUUGAUGGUACAGGGCAUGAGCGAGGGCCUUCAUCAUUUUCGGAAAUGCAGAAAUUGGCUGAGAAAAAUAUCAUUCCAAAAUAUGCCAGUGUCUUGAGAAAAACUGACCGCUUGUGGGUUCCAGUUACCUCAGCUACAGAGGUGUUUGAAACUGCUCAGAAGGUUCCAGAAUUGACUAAUCAUACAGUAAGCGAACCAGGGGCUUCCAGUCCAUUCAAUAACUUGCAUCCACAAUUCAUUGGAUUUACGAGGGGGAAACUACACGAAUUGGUCAUGAAAUCAUACAAGAGUCGGGAAUUUAUGGCAGCUAUAAAUGAGGUAUUGGAUCCGUGGAUUAAUGCAAAGCAGCCGAAGGACACAGAGAAAUUUGUUUGCAACAUUGGCGAUGAUUAUCGUCCUGGGAAAAGAGCAAGGUUUCUCCUAGAUGGAACUGAAGAGUAUGAAGUGGGAGCAACUAUUGGUGACAUCAUGUUUGAUGAUCUGUGCUGUGAUAAUAAGUUUCAGGGAGAAAAUACUGGAACAGGGGUUGAUCCUAUGAGCUGGGGUCUAAUGGAUGGUCAGGUGCUUGCACGCAUAUUUCAUUUUCUCAAAGCUGACAUGAAAUCUCUUGUUCAUGCGUCUUUGACCUGCAAGCAUUGGAGAAUAUUAGUAAAGUAUUACAAGCAUAUCUGCAAACAGGUUGACUUGUCCUCUCUUGGUCCAAAUUGCACAGACACAAUGUUUUGGGAAAUCAUGAGUGGUUAUAAGAAAGAGAAGGUAGAUUCGCUGAUACUACUAGGCUGUAUUAACGUCUCUUCCUCUCUACUUGAAGAAAUCAUUAGGUCAUUUCCUUGUCUAUCGUCUAUAGAUAUUCGAGAGUGUAGUCAGCUGGGUGACUUGCCGAAUAAAUAUACUAAGAUAAACUGGAUUAUGAGCCGUAAGCAGAUUAUUGAUAGGGCAUCAUCAGCUUAUACAAGUCAUAAUGGUCUAACUAGACAUGGAGAUCAUUCCAGUGGACUCAAGGAUUAUCUGGAGAGUUCAGAGAAGAGGGACUCAGCUAAUCAAUUGUUCCAUGGAAGCUUGUACAAAAGGUCAAAGUUAUUUGAUGCUAGAAAGUCCUCUUCUAUUCUACCUAGGGAUGCACACAUGAGACGGUGGACUGUUAAGAAAUCUGAAAAUGGUUAUAAGAAGAUGGAACAAUUUCUUGCUUUGGGUCUGAAAGACAUAAUGAAGGAAAACACUAUUGACUUUUUUGUGCCUAAGGUGACUGAAAUUGAGGCCAGAAUAAAGAAGGGUUACUAUGCUGGCAGAGGGUUGAGUGCUGUCAAGGAGGAUAUAAUUCGUAUGUGCAGGGAUGCGAUCAAAGCAAGGUGUCGAAGUGAGGCUGUGGGAAUGAAUCACAUGCUGAAGCUCUUUAUUCAAUUAGCCACUCGUUUAGAAAAUAGCUCUAGGCCUCAUGAAAGAGAUGACAGUAUCAAGAACUGGAAAGAUGAUUCAACUGCACACUUUUCCUCAACUACCUCGAGGUAUAAAAAGUUAAACCAGGCUGGAGAGAGGAAGCACAUGAUCAGGCAUAAUAGGAGCUCUUCAAUUAAUGGAAGUUCUGACAAUGGAGAUAGUGUUUCUGAUCAAGAAAUUAGAAGGCGUUUAUCCAGGUUGAACAGAAAAUUCAUGGACUCAGGAAGUGAAACCUCUGAUGGCCUUGACGAAUCAUCUGAGGAGGCCAAAACUGAUACUGAAAGUGCUGCCUCUGGUGCGGAAAGUGACUUGGAAUUCCCAUCAGGAAGUGGAACUAGGGAUUCAAGAGGAGAUGUAACCCUUUCCAUAGAUGAUGCUGCAGAUUCUUGGACUGAAGAUCGUGAGUGGGGUGCUCGUAUGACGAAGGCAAGCCUAGUUCCUCCUGUUACCAGGAAGUAUGAAGUAAUUGAUCAGUAUGUGAUUGUGGCUGAUGAAGACGAAGUUCAAAGGAAAAUGCGUGUUUCCCUGCCUGAAGACUAUGCUGAUAAGCUAAAUGCGCAGAAAAAUGGUCUGGAGGAGUCUGAUAUGGAAAUCCCCGAAGUGAAGAAUUACAAACCUAGAAAAUUUCUUGGAACUGAGGUGAUAGAACAAGAAGUUUAUGGAAUAGAUCCUUAUACACACAAUCUUGUACUUGAUUCCAUGCCAGGGGAAUCAGAUUGGACUCUUACUGAUAAGCAUUUGUUUAUAGAAGAUGUGCUGCUUCGCACACUUAAUAAGAAAGUUGAGCACUACACUGGUACAGGAAAUACCCCUAUGAAGUACUCUUUGCAGCCCGUUGUUGUGGAUAUACUGAAAAAUGCAGAAGAAAAUGAUGACAUGCAAACUGUGAAAUUAUGUGAAUCCAUCUUAAAACAAAUUGAUUGUCGUGCAGGGGAUAAGUAUGUCGCUUAUAGAAAGGGCCUCGGUGUUGUUUGCAACAAGGAAGGUGGCUUUAGUGAAGAUGACUUUGUGGUUGAGUUUUUGGGCGAGGUGUAUCCUGCAUGGAAAUGGUUUGAGAAGCAAGAUGGAAUUCGUUCUUUACAAAAAAACAGCAAAGAACCAGCCACAGAAUUCUACAACAUCUAUCUUGAAAGACCAAAGGGUGAUGCUGAUGGAUAUGAUUUGGUGGUUGUUGAUGCAAUGCACAAAGCAAACUAUGCAAGCCGAAUUUGUCAUUCAUGUCAUCCAAACUGCGAAGCAAAAGUUACUGCAGUCAAUGGUCAUUACCAGAUUGGGAUCUACACUGUACGUCCAAUUGAAUAUGGUGAAGAAAUCACAUUCGAUUAUAAUUCUGUUACAGAGAGUAAGGAAGAGUAUGAAGCAUCCGUUUGUUUAUGUGGAAGCAGGGUUUGCAGAGGAAGCUACCUCAAUCUAACUGGGGAUGGUGCUUUUCAAAAGGUUUUGAACGAGUGGAAUGGAAUACUGGAUUGUCACUACUUGAUGCUAGAGGCAUGUGAGUUGAAUAUUGUUACCGAAGAAGAUUACUUGGAUCUGGGGAGGGCUGGUUUGGGUAGCUGUUUACUUGGCGGGUUGCCAGAUUGGCUUGUUGCUUAUGCAGCUCGUUUGGUAAGGUUUAUUAAUUUUGAACGGACCAAACUUCCUGAAGCGAUUUUAAGGCAUAAUUUGGAAGAAAAACGGAAAUACUUCAUAGAAAUAUCCAUUGAAGUUGAGAGAAAUGAUGCGGAAAUUCAGGCUGAGGGGGUCUACAACCAAAGGCUUCAGAACUUGGCCCUUACUCUUGACAAGGUGAGGUAUGUAAUGAGACGAGUUUAUGGUGAUCCUAAGAAAGCUCCACCUCUUCUUGAGAAACUAAGUCCUGAAGAGGCAGUUUCCUUUCUGUGGAAAGGAGAUGGUUCAUUUGUUGAGGAUCUUCUUGAGAGCAUAACUCCUUAUAUGGAUGAUGUCAUGUUAAAUGACCUGAAGGCGAAGAUUCAUGUUCACAAUCCCUCUGGCUCCACUGACGUUCAGAAAGAGCUUAAAAAAUCUUUAAUAUGGCUAAGGGACGAGGUACGGAAUCUUCCAUGUACAUAUAAGUGUCGCCAUGAUGCUGCUGCAGAUUUGAUUCACAUAUAUGCACAUACAAAGUCCUUCUUUAGAGUUCGGGAGUACAAAACCGUAACAUCCGAACCAGUUUACAUCAGUCCUCUCGAUCUCGGACCUAACUGUAGCGACAAACUGGGGCCAGGACUACACGAAUAUUGCAAGAGCUAUGGUGAAAACUAUUGUUUAGGGCAGUUGAUUUUUUGGCACACUCAGGCUAAUGCGGAUCCCGAUUCUAACCUAGCAAAAGCAAGCAGGGGUUGCCUUUCAUUACCAGACAUUGGAUCAUUUUAUGCCAAGCCCCGUAAGCCUUCUAGACAACGUGUGUAUGGACGAAGAACGGUGAAAUCCAUGCUUGCAAGAAUGGAAAAGCAGCCACAGAGGGCAUGGCCUGAAGAUCAGAUAUGGCAAUUCAAGAAUAAUAAUAAUAGAGAAAGAGUAUUUGGAAGUCCAAUGUUGGAUUCUGUAGUUUUAAAUUCUCCGCUAGACAAGGAGAUGUUGCACUGGUUGAAAAGUAGACCAGCCAUUUUUCAAGCGACGUGGGAUCGGUGACAAGUAAAAAAGAAAAGACAUAUUCCUGCGGGGCGGCUGCAUAUUUGUUUUUGUUUGUGUUAGGGGAAUUUUGUGCUGAAUGUUCCAUUCUUAUGUACAGUUGAUCUGUAGGCAUUUUUCUGAGGUUUGGUUUUGUGUUCUUCUAGGAAGGGGGGUUAACCAAUUGAUUAUAUUACUUACUACUAGAGAGGAAGGACAGUUUGUUUUGUUUUGUUUUUUGAUGAUUACUAUUUUCCCUUGUUCCUAAUUUAGUGAAAAACUAAAUGUAUAUCAAUAGAUAUAGAGAUAGAGAUAGAGUUGUUAUCC